AUGGCUGAAGAAGUGAGGACAGAAAACGUUGUUAUCCCCGCCGAAGAAGGCGAACAGCUUAUAAUCCAACCCCUUGGGGCUGGACAAGAAGUUGGGAGAUCAUGUAUUAUGCUUAGCUUUAAAGGAAAGAAAAUUAUGCUUGAUUGUGGUAUUCAUCCGGGGAUGAAUGGCUAUGCUUCUCUACCUUUCUUAGAUUCUGUUGAUGUGGAAGAAAUAGAUUUACUUCUAGUUAGUCACUUUCAUUUAGAUCACUGUGGAGCACUGCCAUUCUUCCUGGAAAAGACAAAGUUCAAAGGUCGUUGCUUCAUGACCCAUGCUUCUAAAGCUAUAUAUAGAUGGUUACUGUCAGAUUAUGUUAAAGUUAGUAAUAUAUCUACAGAUGAUAUGUUAUAUUCAGAAGCUGAUUUAGUUAAUAGCAUGGAUAAAAUAGAAACUGUUAAUUUUCAUCAGGAGACAGAAAUAAAUGGUGUUAAGUUUUGGUGUUAUACGGCUGGUCAUGUGUUAGGAGCAGCCAUGUUUAUGAUUGAAAUCGCUGGUGUUAAGAUAUUAUAUACAGGAGAUUAUUCUCGACAAGAAGACAGACAUUUAAUGGCCGCUGAAUUACCUAAUGUUAGACCAGAUGUUGUUAUUAUUGAAUCAACUUAUGGGGUUCAUAUACAUGAAAAACGUGAAGAUAGAGAAGGGCGUUUUACAGGUUUAGUACAUGAUAUUGUAAACAGAGGAGGAAGAUGUCUUAUACCGGUGUUUGCUCUUGGUAGAGCUCAAGAACUUUUACUUAUAUUAGAUGAAUAUUGGAGUAAUCAUCCUGAAUUACAUGAUAUACCUAUAUACUACGCAUCAUCUUUAGCUAAGAAAUGUAUGAGUGUUUAUCAAACAUAUAUUAAUGCUAUGAAUGAUAAGAUUAAAAAACAGAUCACCAUGAGUAAUCCAUUUGUCUUCAAACAUAUUAUUAACUUAAAGAGUAUGGAACAAUUUGAAGAUAUAGGACCAUCAGUAGUAUUAGCAUCACCUGGUAUGAUGCAGAGUGGUUUAUCACGGGAAUUAUUUGAAGCUUGGUGUACCGAUAAACGUAAUGGUUGUAUUAUAGCUGGUUAUUGUGUAGAGGGAACAUUAGCUAAGCAUAUUCUAUCAGAACCAGAAGAAAUUGUGACAAUGACGGGUCAGAAAUUACAAAUGAAAUGUUCUGUUGAUUAUAUUUCAUUCUCGGCUCACGCAGAUUAUCAACAAACCAGUGAAUUUCUACGAGAAUUAAAACCACCGCAUGUAGUUUUAGUUCAUGGAGAAGCCAAUGAAAUGAGUCGAUUGAAAGCUGCCUUAGUUAGAGAAUAUGAAGAUAAUGAAGAAUACAAGAUGGAUGUACAUAAUCCCCGUAAUACUGUUGGUGUUGAGCUACAUUUUAGAGGAGAAAAAAUGGCUAAAGUUGUGGGAAGUUUAGCUGCACAGAAACCAAAAGAUGGUCAACAGAUAUCUGGAAUAUUAGUGAAAAGAAAUUUUAAUUAUCAUGUGAUGGCUCCUGAAGAUUUACCAAAUUAUACAGAUUUAGCUAUGAGUACAGUAACACAGAGAUUGAGUAUAGCCUACACUGGUACCAUACCAUUAUUACAGUUUUAUCUGACACAGUUAGCUGGGGAUAUGGAACAUAUAAAAGUUAAAGAGAAACCAGCGUUACGAGUAUUUAAAAGUGUUACAAUUAUAUUUGAUUCUACUAGAAUGGUGGUUGUUGAGUGGACUUCAAAUCCAGUAACAGAUAUGUAUGCUGAUGCUGUUGUUACAGUUAUAUUAAGAGCUGAAAGAGAUCCCAUGCCACAAAAAGCUGUACCCCGGGCUAUUCGUGUUGAUAAACAUCAUUUUCAAGAAUGUAUGUUAGAUAUGAUACAAGAGAUGUUUGGUCCGGAUGCUACCAGUAAAUUAAUACGGGGUGAUAAAAUGACUGUAACAGUAGAUGAUAAUACAGCCAUAGUGGAUCUUGAUACUCUGGAAGUAACUAGUGCUAGUGAAUCUCUACAGUCUAUAGUUCAUACAGCAGUUAAUAGAUUACAUCAAGCUGUUACACCAUUAAAAUCAUAACAUCAAGCUGUUACAUCAAGCUGUUACACCAUUAAAAUCAUAGCAUCAAGCUGUCACAUCGAGUUGUUAUACCAAGUUGUUACACCAUUAAAAUCAUAACAUCAAGCUGUUACGCCAUUCAAAAUUAAAAUCAUAAUGUACAUCUCUUAUAGUCAUCAACAAGUGCUUUAUUUCAUACAAUAGAUAAAUGUGAAUCAGGACUAGAAUCAAAUAAUUUCAUCUUAAAAUACUUUAUCUAAAUUGUAAGUUAUUUUCUGUACAUAUUAUGAUCUUCAAAAACAAUAAAUCUGUUAUUUAUCUGUGUAAUAUAACAUGUAGAAAUUAUAAUCCUUUAGAGGCCGUUAGUAAUUGGAUAGAGCAAUAAGUUAUAACACAUACUUAUGGAUUAACAGUUACUAAUAUAUUUGGGUGACAUUGCUUUAAAACUUGGGGGAAAAUACUCUUCAAAACGUUGCCCAAAUAAAUUAGUAUUAUUGUUGUGAAUAAUUGUAUGUGUUAUGGGUACAAAUUGUUAACUUGGUUUAAUGCUCAAAUUCCUGGCAAUAUGAGGUAAACCAACUUUUGAAUUAGCUGUGGCGUUAAUUCAUAUAAUAAUAUCUUGUAUUUUUAACAUCCAGCUUAUGAAUAAGUACACCAUUCCAUUGACUAAUUUGUGUGGUGGUGUAUUAUUACAUCACAGUUCUCAAAUUUUUGUAUAAAAUGUUGUUUAAAAUAAUUUGCCAUGAUUUAUUUUUUUAAAUCACAAAUGGUGGAGAUCAAAAUGAUUUACAUCUUCCAUUCAUUUAUUUUUGACCUUCGAUCAUUUGUAGUAUCAAAUGUCCUUCAUGUGUAUGGUCUUUGUACAUAAAUUCAAAAUCAUCAAUGUGUUGUACAUAUUACAUAUAUCAUAAAAUCUCCAUCAAAAUAAAUUGAUAAAAAGAACA